GUCUACGGGUUUUAGUAGUCCACCGCCCUUUUGCCAGGCAUAAUGUCAGUGCGCCGCGAAAUGCCGUCGUCAAUCAUCGUAACGUACCGGACUUCCGGUACUCGGUCAUCGUGUGGGGCUUGUUUGUUGAUUCAGCAAUACUUUUAAAACCAUGGGUUGAUGAUGAUAAUGGCCGUUACGGAGCAUAACUAAAAUAAGAACAAUUCAAAACAUGUUCAACCCACCCAAACUUCACCAACAUGAUUUUAACUUACUGCCCCCUGAUGCCGGUGGUUUUAUGGCCAUCAUGGCCAGUUUAAUCGAGAGCACGGUGAAUGGUGGCAGUGCCAUGGAUGCCGGUGAAGACCACAGGGGCAUCAAGAAUAGCACUUCGCCGUUCGGUACGGCAGAGAGAAACUUGUUCAACUUCAGUAUUAAAUACGCACUGGAUGCAAUAUUCGACCAUCAAAUGAACUCGCACAGAGUACUGGUGCUAUAUUUGGAAGUUGCCAUCAUCGUCGUGUAUGGAAUAUUAUUCGUCGUGGGGUUGAUAACGAACGGAUUAGUAUGUUUCGUAGUGUUCCGGCAGUGUGGCAAAAAGAAUGUGCCCAGCCAAGGACCGUCUCCUCGAAAUUUAUACAUAGUUAAUUUAGCAUUUGCUGAUAUAAUCAUGUGUAUGGUUUGUAUACCGUUCACUUUGUGGGCUCUCAUGUCCAGACGUUGGACAUGGGGUUUGAUCAUGUGCAAGACUGUUCCGGCUGCUCAAGGAGCUAAUAUCACUGUAUCAGCAUGCACAAUAACGGCCAUUGCUCUCGACAGGUACUUCACAAUCGUUCGAAACCCUAGAGGUUCAAUUUUUCGAUGCAGCGUGGCCAAAUCGUUGAUGCUCAUUUGGUUGGUGUCAUUUGCAACUAUGGUCCCACUAUUGUUAUAUCAGCACAUUGAAGUGGUUCAGGUUGGUCCGGUUCAUUUGUACGAAGCGUGUAUAGAAAAGUGGCCGUCUCGGGUAGCACAACAAUCAUUCACAGUGUGCUUGGCAGUCGCCCAAUUCGUGUUGCCAUUCACCACCAUAUCACUUAUACACCUCAAAAUAUCAUCCUACCUCACAGUACACCUAAAACAUCCAGCGCCAUCAAAGGAAAUUAACUGCAGACGAGUUCGCAGAGAGCUGAGUAGGAACAAAAGGACCAUGUGGAUACUGACAUCGAUCGCCGUUGUGUUUGCAUUGAGUUGGUUGCCGCUUACCGUGUUCACGCUUCUCGUGGAGUUCCAACCACACUUGAUCAAGUCGCCCGAUGUGCUCUACACGGUGUUUGCAAUCGUCCACCUGCUGGCCAUGUCGACCACUUGCACGAACCCUCUGCUGUACGGUUGGCUUAACACCAACUUCCGCAGAGACAUCUCGGGCAUAUGCCGGCAAAUGUGGUAUUGUGGAGACCGCAAGCCUCCUCCGAGGCGCAAGCGGCAUCCUUCCGUAGCCACCGACUACCGCGGUCCCAAUGACAGGCGACCCGGGCCCGGGUCCGAAGUACCGUGUCGUCGACAUCAGCACGACGCCGAGACUACCGGUCUGUCGAUAGUGGUCAAAAGCGACCGUCGGUUCAGCACCAGUUACCUAACCACCUUGACAACUGUUACGUCCAGGUCGCAGCCGCCCACCAGCAUGGGCCGCGUGGAAAACGUGUGAGCCCCACGUUAAUCACAAGUUUAUACAUGUUUGAUCUAGUCGGUUUGUAUAAACAGACCAUUGGUGUCUGCCGCGCUUACAUAUAGACUUAUGUACAGUAAUAAAUAUUUGUACCGAAUUCGGUACGUGUGGUAAGGCUAAAUUGGUUAUUUUUCAUCCAACUAAUGUGAACUUUAUUGUCGAAAGGACUACGGAUUAAUACUCACCUAGUAGAACUAACUCAGGCCCCUCGUUUUUCAUUUCAAAGUAAAUCUAGUUUGCGUUAUGAAAUUUUUACAUAAAUUAAUAGAUAACGAUUUAAACACAAAACCGGAGCACAUUUCCAAUAAUUAAUUAACGUAACAAUUUAUUAAUUGUGCUUUUGUUUCAAAAAAGACUAUUAAUAAGGAAAAUUUGAAUCAUUAAUUUUAUUUUAGAACCGUUUGUUUUAUUCUUCUUCAAAAUAAUACCUUUCAAGUUUUACAUCAUUUAUACAAGAAUAGUGAUCAUUUGAAAUAGAUAAUUUUAUUUCGAUUUCAUUAAUUUUGGGGUUCUUCUAAACAAAUCCCAUAGAAAAGUCCCAAUAAAAUACAAUUAAAGUGACCCUUAGAAAUGAAUCGACAAAAUAAAUGCGUAUUUAUUACAUUAUUUUUAGAAAUAUGUAUAUUUACACUGUUCAAGUUUUUGAAGUCUUGGAACUCAGUACGCAAGCAUGCGUUUUUUACGCCUUUCUGACAAAUAAUUUUUUUUCUUUAAUGUAUUAAAAAUUGUUAAAGUAAAUCCUUUGAAAAUACCAUUUUAGAAUAGUAAGGAGGUCGAAUUUCUCGUUUCACGAGUAUUAUAUAUUUAUUUAUAUUGUAUUUGGAAAUAUCGAGAUACAAAAGUUAAAGCCAACGUUACUUCAUCUUAGACUCUCAGAAGGUUAUCAAUAAUAUCGGUUUUUAAAAUGUAAGUAACCCAUAUUUAUCCUUAGUCAUUAAAAAAAAAUAUACAUUUACCUAUUGGUUUUUAAACAAGUAGUCAAAAAAUCCGUUGUGUCAUUACUUAAUGCCAUUAUUUAUUAUAUAGAGUGUUCAGUAAAUAAGGAAACAGGUUAAUUGUUACAAACAAUGAAACCCGUUUUCUUAUUUACUGAACAGACUAUAUUUUUACUGAUAAAUCACGAUUUUCAAACUUUUUAAGAUUUAUUUAUAAAAACAUUUUUUGGGGGGUUCGUUGUUAUUUUUCUAAUAAAUUAAAAAACAAUUUUAAUCAAUAAUUCAAAAUUAUGCCAACAGGUAUUCAACCGAAACGUCAAGCACACUGUUAUUUUAUUAAACGAAAUAAAAUAUAUUCGUAAACAAUAUUACAUUUUCCUUUUUGAACAACAACUUUAUUUUUUACGAUACACGCGAUUAGAAUAAUUUAUAGUCCUCUCGACAAUAUUAUUGUUUGUAUUUUGACUGAAUAGCGAUAAAUACUUUGACUGUAGUUUUUGUUUAAAAAUAAUGUUGUCGAAUCUGUAAAUAAUUUAGUUAUUAAGUACUUACAUUCAGCAAUUCCAUGUGUAAUUUCUUAAUUAAUUAAAUAGAUGAUAAAUAAUUAUAUCUCAUUGUAAUAGUUGACAUAAAGUGUACAUUACGUAGAUAUUAUAUAAUUAAAUACGGCUAAAGACGUCUAGAGAUCAAUACGUACUUAGACAUUUUGUUGCGAUUAUACAAUACCUGUUAAUUUAUAAUUUGUACAGCUCUCAAUCCAAGAGCAAUAAUAUAUUGGAAUUAAGGGAAACGGACAAUCUUGGGACCAUAUUACAAUCAUGUUUUUAUCUCCAUUUCAAGAGUGUUUUAUUAUUAAAACUAAAUCAAAAUGUCAUUAUUGAUUUUUACCAAAUUAAGUAUGACUUUAUAUACUUAUAAAAUACCUUUUUUUACUUUAUUAUACUAUACUUUAUAAUCCUAUACAAGGUGUUCAGUAAGUAAGGAAACAGGUCAAUUGUUACAAAUAAUAAGAGUAAUAAAAAGCCCAUUUUCUUACUUACUGAACAUCUUAUAUAAUGUUAAAUGAUGACAAGGUAAUAAUUUUUUCAUUAGGCUUUCAAUAAAACGAAUUGCUUUUAUUAUUAUUUAUUUUAAGCUGACCUUUGGCUGUUUGUGACGGAAAAUUAUGAAAUUUCUUUUUCAAAUAUUAAUUCUAUUCAACAAUUUCUACUACUUAAUUACUGUAGACAUAUUUUUUAUAUUUACGAAUUUUAGGUUUUUAAUAUAUUUCAAAGAAUAUUAUUUAUUUUCAAUAUAUUUUUUUAUUUAUUAUGUAUUGAACUAUGUGUCUUGAAUCAAUAAUUUUGUUUUGUUUCAGAAGCUAUAACUUUAUUAAAAACUAUUCUAAAAAUACCUAAGCUAAUAGAUUAUUAAAAAACAGUGUCAUAUUAUAUAAAAUUAUAAGAUUAAUAAUUAAUAUAUCUUAUUGAAUAAUUUAAUAAUAUUUAAUUUUUGUAAAAUAACGUUUUAAAGUCUUGGUUAUUAUAAUUAUAUUUUUUAUCGUUACAUAAUAAUCAUAAAAAUUAUUAUAGUUAUUCUUGAAAACUUACUGCAGUAUUGUAGCAUUUAAAAUAGCUUAUUAAUUAUUUGAUUUUAGUUCUUAAACUAUACGAAACUACAUUAUAAUUUUAGAAAUAUGCCCUCAACCAAACUUUUAGACCUAAAUUGAUAAAUUAUAAACAAUUACAGGGUGAUCUAUUUAUCAUAACUACUCAAUUUCUCCCAAAUUAAAUAUUCAAUAUUAUAAUAAUAUUAAAUAAUUAAUAUUAUUGCAAUAUUAAAAAAUAUAUUGUUUUUUUAUAAUGACAUUUUUUGUGAGGAUAAUGAGUUGUGAUAAAUGGGUCAUCUUAUGUGUGCAAUGAACAAAGUAAAAAUUAUAAAAUUAAUUCUGUAAAAUACUAGGAAAGAGUUUAAAUCUGUAGAAAAUAAUUGAGUAUUAAUAUUGAGACCAUUUUUGUUUAACUACUGAGUAUUUAUGAUUGGUGAAAAACGAAAAUGUUAUUACAUUUGUUAUUUGUACAAAUAAUUCUGUUUUUUAUUUUAUUUUUUUAUUGUAAAUAAGUCAAGUUAUUAAUUUAGACGGCAAUCUAAAUGAUUCGUUUAUAUUAUUAACAGUGUCAUGUUUACUAGGCGUGUUAAGCUUAAAUUACAUUUUAUUUAUAAUCCAUUCUAUAUUAGAUUAAAAAUAUGAACAGAAAUAAGAAAAGUACUGAAAUAGAAAGUGAAUAAGAAAUUGUGCUUAAAUGAAUGUGAUAAAUGACCAAGUACAUAAUAUAGUUGGUCUAAUUUGUCCUACGUUGUGUUAAUUUAUUUUCCUGU